AUCAUAAUACUUAUAUCUGCACUGAAUUUACUAAGGAAUUUUUUUAAAUGAAAAAAAUUAUAAAUCAAAAUGCCACCUUUCAGUGCAUUUUAAGAAAUGCUUCUGAGAUCAUUUUUUUAAGUCUCAUUUCUGUUGAGAGGAGCAGUUAAGGGACCGGACUGUUUGUGAGUAUAUCAUUUUAUGGGCUACCACUUUAUAGUUUACAAUUCUAUCAUCUCAAAACGUUAUGUGGAAAUAAUAUGGAACAUGUAAAGACUCUGUACUAUGACCCAAUGCGUUUUUCCCUAGGGUGAUGGAUUCUGUGCGUCACCCAAAUGUGAUGCUAUUUGCCAGGCUUGUAAUACUGGUUUUGAGGGUUGCUCUAUGUCCUAUUUCAUCAAGCAACACAAUACAACAACUUUGGUAUCUAGGGUAAUUGACACAGUCAAAAUAGGCUCUGGAAAAUAUUCCAUAUACUUUUAAGUAAGUCAGAAGUUAAUGUACAUAUUAAAUUUAUUUAACAUGAAUAAACAGAUGAUUUAUUGUUAGCUAUUUGUCUUCUAUACUAGAUAGUGUUAGAAGGAAAUAUAUGAGUAUUUAUAGUUUAUGUUCCAUUUCUUUUUUUUCUUUUUGAGGGAAGCAUGGUUCUCUUGUUUGCAUUAAUAAUAACCUUAUCUGUUAAUUACUUUGUAUUCAUGAUAGUGAGUAGUAUAGUAUCAUAAAAAAUAGUAAACAUAUUUAUAUUAUCUGCUGUAUAUGUCCCAAGCUUGAAAAAAAGCAUUAAUAUUAUUAGUUAUUAAAUUGAGUAUUAUAGUAACCAGGAAUGAAUCCAGUACUGUAUAAGACAAUAGAUACGACAUCAACUGCUAUUUAAACACUAAAAAUACCUUAGCUGUAGAAAAAGAAAGAUCAAAAGGAUUUCAGAGCUGUUUUUACUUGUAGAAUUUGGACAGAAUGUAUAAAGCUUACAAAUCAAUAAACAUUAAUAAUAUAACAUGUGCUUCCUGAUUAGAUUCUACAAUACAAUGUGGAUUGCUAUUUCAGUUUCUCUAUGUAUCAUAUGGAAGAUCAGAUACGUUUAUAAAUAGUGUAAAAAUAUAUGGCAGAAGUUAGUUUGUGGAAUCUAAUUUCUCUAUUACAUGAUACACUUCAUGUACAAAGGGAUCAAGCGUUACUAAUCUAGUUUUAGCUUUUUCUCUCUGAGCUAUGCACAAGUGCAACAUAUGAAUUUGUGGCUUCAUAUUAACUAAGUGCGUACAUGUACGUGCAGGAUAGCUAUAAUCUCACUUGCAUAGAAUGUUUUUACAUUACAGGCACUACAUGGAAUUUUAACAUAUUACAUAUUUUUUGAAAUGACUUUAGUCUUUGUAAUGCCCAUUUUAAUUACUUAAUGCAUCCCAACACCUAUUUGAGGGUUAAUUUAAUUGUAAUUUUGGUUCUGAAAUGAGACCAUGAUAGACAAAACAAAUUAAAAACCAAAUUCUGCUUGUGCCUACUUUGUGAUGUCAUUAUCUGCAUAUCAUUUUCAGCUUUGCAAGAUGUGGAAAUAAAUACAUCAGCCCAUUUUCUCUCAAUCCUAUUAAGUAGCUCCUGAACAUAUAAAAGUUCCUAAAAGAAAGUUUUGCAUUUGUUUUUGCUUUGCUUUUUGAUGCCAAGUUAAGACAGGUCAUAUAUAUAUUAAUUUUAAUCAAGGCCCAUAUUACUAAAUUUUUCAAUACAUAUUCAUCUCUUUGUUGUAUGAUUAAUAAUUUUUUCUCAAUUAUUUUUUGAUAUACCUUUGAGAGCUUUUAAAAUGAUACGUUUUGCCUGUAUUCGGCUGCUGAAUUUUUGUAUGAGUAAUUGUAUUUAAAUUAUAAAUUAAAAAAUACGAUUGAUGUUAAGCUGUCUUUAAAUUAAUAUUGGAAGUAUACCUUUUUAGAAGAUUAUUGCAAAAUUUCCUCCUCAGUUCUGCAAACUUAGGGAAGUUUUAGAAAAUAAUUUACCUUCAAGUAGUUAGUGUAAGCAGUUACACAUUCAAGGACUGAAAAAUUUGAAAUACUAUUUUCUGUAACUUAUAAACAAACACUAAGAGAUGUUUCUCCUUUGUAUUUAUAAUGCAUUUGAAUUACAUUCUUUGGAUGUAUGAUGUGGUAAAUUACUGUAAGAAACCCACUGUCAUCUAAACCUCAAUUAUAAUAAACUCUUUUACUCUAUCCCAUCACUGCUUAGUCUGUUUUUAAAGUCCCGUGUUUAAGAAAACUUGUGCUUUUGAAGGAAUGCCCUAAUUAUUUAUAACACAUUUUACUUUUUCUUUUUACUUUAAUAAGCUUUAAGAAAGCUGUCAGUAAGACGAUUUUAGGUCAUUGGUAAAAAUAAUAAUGUACACAUUUUAUGUGUAAAUAUGUGUACACGAUCUUUCAUCUUCACUGUGUCUAACAUUCAGCCUUUUAGUGUUACACAUAGUGUUACACAUAUUUGUGUACAUUUAAUGUUACGCAUAUUUGUAUUUAGUGUUACAUGUAUUUGUGUACAUUUAUGUACAUCACGUACUUUUUACUCCCAGAAUAAUUCAGUAUAUCACUGUUAGCACGUAAUUAUGCACAUACAUGUUCUUCUCACUCUCUGAACAAUUCAGUGUGUCCUUGGCAAUACUAACAUUUAAAAAAUGAGAGCAAUAAUGAUUAGAGCUGGAGAACUGGGGGUAGAUACUAGUGUUAGCAGGUUUCCCUCCUUUUAAUUUUUCCCAUUUUCAGUUCCUUCUUUAAAAGAGAGAUGUAUAUAUAUCUGAACAGAAGGGGGACUAGGAUACUGUAUAAUCCAUGAUAACAUAAGGAAUGGUUGCUGCAUAUGGCUUUAUUUAUAUAUCUCUGACAUAGAAAACUUUGACCCCUUCGCCUGUUGUACUUGGGAAUUUUAGAUAAACCCUAUUGGGGGUCACACUCAUCAGUUCCGGCUUUGCGUGACAAAAAGCAUUCUCUAGCUUCUGGUGCGCUACUGUGCUGUUUUCCUUCAGGAGUGGAAGGUCCUGUUAGUUCAUUUGGCAUUUGGAAGCACAACUAGAUUUCUUCCGUUUUGAAAAUCCUCUGAAUGGUUUUCAGAAGAGUAAGCAGAGAUCAUAGGCUGCGUGAUGUCGUUGAUUUUAGGAUGCUAAAGAAAAUUAUGCUGAGACCAAGCAUGCUUCCUCUGGUUUAUUCUGCCCUGCUUGAUCAUCACUUUUUUCUUUUUCUCAACCUCCUACCCCUCUUCCCUCCACACUGUUUGGGGUCUAAUAUUUUGGUUUCUGGAGUAAGGAUUUACCUUCUCAGUGGAAAAAUGUGUAAGCUGCAGGAUUUUUACUUACCUUUCUGUAUAACUUUUCCAUUUUGGAGGCAGUGUCUAAGAAGAGGAAGAAGCUUACAUACUUGAUUUUAUUUUAUUUUAUUGUUUGCUAUUGAGUAGGAGUUUGCUAUUCCAUUUCUAUAAGGAAAUGCAUAGCAUGGAAUUAAAUAAAGAAAAAAAGUUUUGAAACAAUUACAAGCACCAACUGUGACAUAGUUCUGGCUUAAAAAAAAAAGUCAAUUUUAGUUAUGCAAUACUUCCACCAAACUCUCUAUUCCAAGUUUAUAAAUAUGAAUUUGACCAUUUGACCAUGGAUGAUGCUUGAAAGUCAUGUUUUCUGGAUUUAGGGCAGAAGAAUACUUAAAAGAUUCUCAAUAUCAUUAUGUUUUAGAUUCCCAAGAAGUAGAAUGCCAAGUAUCAUGUUAUCAACUCUUUGAGGUCUACAGUAAGGAGUUUACUUGUUUCUGGUAGCUUAUAAAUUCAAUAACAUCAGUCACGGGCUGCUUAACAUAUUUAUGCGUUGAGCUAGUGUAGUUCAAUAAAUGAUUGUAUUUCCAUCAAGUUUAGGGAGUAACGCAAACUGGAAUAGUAGCCAUCUAUUAAGGAUAGUUCUGAGGUUUGGAAUUUGUAACUGAUUUUUAGGAGCUACGACAUGAAUAUCAUAGCAGGUAGAAAUACUCAGAGUGAUCACCUUUUAUGAAAGUUAGUUCUAUCUUUCAUGUCUAGGAAAAUAUAACUGUGAAUGUUUGCUUUUUGUAUGUUUUGUCUCCAAGCAGAGGAAACUGACAGUUUUAUGUUUUAAGUGCCGAAAGUUGUUUUUGGCUAAGCAGUUCCAGAGUUAAUCACUGGGAUGUUAACUUGAAUUUUUGUCUUUAAAAAGUUUUAGAUUUUUAAAACGAAAUAUGCUUCCAUUAUUUCCAAACUGACACCUUGUAUUCUGGAUUAGUUUUUAGAGAAAUGUUUCCCAAAUUCUCUUGGAUUACUUGAAGUCCAUUGAUUGUGAAAUACUUGGUUUAGUUUUUUUCUUUUAAAGCUUAUCAGAAAGUAGAGGAAGUACUUUAUCUUUUUGGGGUUUUCUUAUUCUAGAAACCUUGUUAUUGCCUAUAAAACGCAAAUGAAUUUUGCACUUAUUUUGUAUUAUUUUCUCUUGUGUUGUUUUUUCAGAAACGUUUUGAUGCAUCAGAAAUUGAGACAUCAGUGAUUUCAGUUCUCCUAUCACACCUUUUCAUGAUAAGAUAUUUUGGUCAUUUCUAAAGAGUAGUUAGAGCGAAAUCCUUUCAUAAGUCAUUUUCACUUCAAAAAAACAGUGAUGUUGGAAAAUUAUCAUAUAGUAUUUUUGUGGUUAGUUGAAAACUAUGAAUGAUGUAAAAUACUAUAACAUUUGAUUAUUUCUCAUUUAGACAUGAUGCAUUUUAUAUCUCAAAAUUUGAUGGGAGGAAAAAGAAAAAAAAGAACUCACAACUUUUACCAGGUUUGAAACUAGCUUAAGAUAGUUCUGUGGAAUUCUCCAAAAGUGAUAAAAAAAUUUAAAAUACUGCCCAGACACAGGGUUAAAAUUAAAUCUGUAUGUAGAGUGGAGACUUUAAUCUGACAUAUUUUAAUAUAAAGACAUUUUAGAAUAAAGAAAGCUUUCUCUGGUUUUGUCGGCUGUUUUUGUUUUUCGACCGCUUUGCCUGAGAUGAUCGGCAUUCUUAAAUUAUAAUUAUGUAUAAAGACAAAUAAGCUGCUACUGUAAACAAGUAACAGCUCUGCACAUACAUCUUGAAUACUAUUAGAAAACAUUUUCAUUAGAGGAAUAAAUGCAUUAGGCCCUAAGUAAAUUUCAGAUACCAAACUGCAAACUUAGUAUCUCUAAUACAUUACCCAUACUAGGCCCUGGAAAGUGGAAUUGGUUCUGAGAGAGCUCAUUAUUUCUAUUGCUAGUAGAGUGUAUUUAACAAUAUUUUGGUGUCUCCACUGGUAGAAAUGUGGACAUUUCAACUAGCCACCCCCUUGUUUGGUUCCUGUGAUGUCAGGCAAACGUUUUGCCAAAAUGUUUGGUCCGAUGUAAUCACAUCGGUGUUGUGUAAUUAAGAUAAUGUGCUGAUUUUGAAUCUUGUUAACGUGUUAUUUUGAAAGUGUAAUUUAAAAAAUUUGCCCAUUUGGAAUACAAUAGAAGAGGCAGGAUGAUGUUUUUAGAUUUAAUUCAAAGCCUCUAUGUACAGAUAAAUUAUGAAAAGUUCAAUAGCUCUUUUCAUCUUUUUCCUAAUGUGGGAGAAUGUAGGGGUUUCUUUUCAUAAACACCAUUGUAAAAAUAAUUGAUCAACUCUUUUUUUUGGCAAAAGAUCAUGUACGUAUAUAUUAAGUGACUUUCUGAGCUAACAGAAUGUACAUUUUAUUUCAUUAGGUUACAUUAAUAAAGCCAUGCGCAAAAACAUAUAAACAGAAGAAUAAAUGAAAUCGCCUCUCUGAAGUCAGAUGUAGGGUAAAUGGUGUAGUCUCUGAGGUGACUCGCUUAGUUCUGUGAUUUCACUAUAAGAGCUGGCCCCCAUCUAUUCUGCUUUGCACACAUUGUGCCAAAGUGUACAAUGUUCAGCUUCCCAUAAAAGGAAAAAAUAAGGGUUUAGGCUUAAGAGUCUUCUAACAUUCUGUUAUGGAGAAAUAGACCCUGGCCAAGGAAACACUUCUUUUCUCAAUGGUGGAACUUUCUUCAGCUGGUCAGUCUAAAAUCUGCUGUUCAAGUUUGGUUUUACUUCUUUGUUUUUCUUGACUUCAGGUAUAUCAGAGUGACCACUGGGUCAUGUUUUAUUCUGAGUGACAGAAAGGACUUGAACUACUGUCUAUUCUAGCAUGAUCUUAUUUUAUAAACAAAAAAACUGAACAUAAAGGUGACUUCCACCUACUUGGUUAAAGAACUGAACUAGAACUUGGGUGUGUUCACCAUCCUCAUUCAUAUGUCAAACACUAGAUGAUUUUGAUGUUUGCUGAGGAAAUCUGCUCACUAGUUAAGAUUCAUUAAUCUUUAUUUUUCCUUUUGCACAUGGAUAUGAGAAUAGAAUUCAAAUGUCAUUUAUUAGGAUGCAGUGAGAAAUUGAUGAUCAUAAUGAAUCAGUUGAUCUAUUCACAUGAUUUCUUUAUCAAUACUUUAGAUUGAUGGGUAUCAAAUGUUUAGAAGCUGUCACAGAAAGUUAAAGAAUUACUGCGAAAAAUCUAGGCUUAAUGCUUUUUUCAAACACCUUAGCGAUAGAAAUGUUGGAUUCAUUUAGAUAAAAUCUAAUUGGUACUGAAAAACGGGUUAUGAAAAUGGUCAUUAAUAAGAAGCUAAGUUUGUAUUACUCUUUUCCUUUAGCUUAAAGCAGCUUUAACAUUUAUCUACAUAGAGAGUAAUAUUUUUAAAAAUAGUCCAUUUGAAUUAAGGAUAUUUUUAUCUUCCAUGAAAUGGAUGUUUCUUUAUUCAUAACGCCAUAGUUCCCUUGGCAGGUUGAAGAACUGUAGACAGCAUCUGUGAGAUUAGGCUUGAAAUGUGCAAUUAGUUAUUAAAAUCUGGCUGGAAAAACCAUAAGUGGUGUUUUACAUAAACUCCUCAGCAUUUAUAAAAAAACUAAUGAAAGAAAAAUAAAAGAACCUCAUUUAUUUUAAAUACUUUCCUUGUGAAUCCUGUCUUUUGAAUGAUCAAUUUCAACUUCAAAUGUAGUGAAAAUAAUUUAAAAUGUACAUUUAAUGCCUCUGUUUUUCUUUUAGAAUUUCUCAACUUUCCAUUUUUAGCCAUGCCUCUACCAUACAACAUGGAUGCAAUUUAUGUUUAUUGAUUACAGUGAAGCUAAUUUUAAUCAUUUACUUUGUUGGAGUGGAAAUACAGGAAUAAUUCUCUGUCUUCUUAGACUUCAGAGGUAUUUUACGUAAAUCCCUUGUUUCUUGUCUUCCAGACCUAAUAGUUAUAUUGUAUAGUCCAAAGGGUGAAUGCCUGCACAAGUGAAAUUCACACAUUACAACCCCAAUGCUGUUGUCAUUUUCACCUCUGGAUUUUAAAGAAUUGUGGUAAAUAUUUCUUUAAAAUCAUGCAGAAAGAUGUUGAACCUAAGACAGCCCCAAGCUCUUUCAGAGCAUAGCUCCAGAAAUGUCUUUGAAAUGCUGGAAGAGGUGGAGGAGGAGGAGGUGUGUCAGGCCCUGGAAACGCCUGGGCUGGUCCAGGGUCUGUAUUUGAACCCCGUUCAGUUCAUCCUGAGUCGCAGGGUGAAGAAGACAUUGUACUUUCAUUUGCAUGGGUUUUCCUCUCUGUCUCUUAGCCAGAAGGCAGCCUUGUCUUUCUUGUUUUUGUUUUUGUUUCUUUAAUGUUUCUUUCAAGUGAAAAGCCUUUUUUAUAAAUAGCUUGUAAAUAGUUAUUCCUUUAAAUGAAACAGUUUGCUGGUGGAAAAUAAUCUUACUCAUUCCAUCAGAUAUAAUCAAUUAAAUCAGAAAAUUAUAGAAUGAUGUUUAACAUUAAAAAGCAAUUUUAAAAUGGGUUAAGGAACUAUUUUGACUAUUAUGCUGAUCAUCCCACGUAAAAUUUCUUUCUUGGUGUGGUGAGCGUACUAUAUGAAGAAAGGCUGAAAACUUCCAUUAUUAUUACAUAAUCAUCUAGUUUUUUUCCUUCUCGUCCUGUGGCUAUUAUCUCUAUAUAGCAAAGUUUAUUUUCACCCAGACUGUGAAUUAUAAUUUGUCAUUCAUUGUAUACCUUAUAGAACCAGAGGAAACCCUAUCAGUGCUUAUGAGCCCUAGUUUUCUUUAAUGAUUUUGUUAAUGUUAUUUAUUUUUUACAUAAUUCUCCCCCUGUAUGUAAAAUAUCUCGUUUUCUUCUUUGACUUUGAGAGAUUGGAACCUUUUCAUGUACUCUUGGCAUUGCAGAUCAAAAUAAGGCAACAGAAUUCUUAUUCUGGGCUUUGUUUAUCAGAAAGCACUAUUUUUUGGUUGGUUUUUAUAACAGGUGAUAUCCAGAUAAGGUUUAAAUAAGAUGAGUUGCUAUAUUUUAAUGUUUAUUUCCACCUCUUAAGGGAUUUACCUUCCUGAUAAAUCAGUAUACACUUAACUGUAUUGAAAAUGCCCUGAAUCACAACUAUGCUAAUGUAGUCACCUACUUUGGAAAACUCCUUUUCAGACAUUCUUUAAACUAUUUUAUAAUUGUUCUCAUGAGGCAUAUUUGUGAACACAGACUAUCGUGGAUAUUUUAUAGAAGCUAGUUAAAUAGCAUUAUCUUCUGGUAUUUGGAUUAUAAUCCAGUUGUAGACUGAUUAUGGACCAUUCUUGGAAUCUAGGAAGAGUCCAAAUGCAAUUCUAUACCUUAUACAUGGCUAAUGAAGCUGACAGAUAGAUUAGGUUUUAAGCAAGGGAUGGAUUUUAGGUAACAACAAGUAUUGAAUAUGGCUCCUUUGAAAGUUUAGAACAAGACAAGGUAAAACAAAACAAACAGCUACUUUUUAUUUAUUUCCAGAUGGAUUUCAACUUGUAAGUGACAUGGUAAAGUCAAAACGUUGCUUGUUGAGAUUUAUUAAUUAGAAUGCUUUUAAGUUGGAUACGGAGUUUGUUCUGUUUCAGAUAAAAGAGAAACCUACUCAGACAUAAAAAUAAAAAUAACCUCAGAGUGGAGAAAAUAUUGAAUGCCCGAAUCUGGGUUUCAUUUCAUGUGAAUCUCCAUUUCUCAACUAAGCGAUAUCUGCCAAGGCUCCUCUGUUUGUUGACAUUGCUGUAUUGAAGUCGCCAGUAGCCUCAUGGAAGCCAGGCCCCAAUGGUCUUUCCAUCUGACUGCAUCUCUCAGAUGAAUUGGAUGCUGCCAGCCAUUCUCUUGAGUAUCUCUUCUGGCUUGGCUUCCAGGCACUGCAUCUCUGCCACACUUGUUCUAGUCUGUCAUUGAAUGUUCUCUUAAUCUAUGCAAUUUUCUUGGAGGGUUUUAUGCUUUUAGCUUUUUAUCCAAAUGAAGUAACUUCUGAGCCUUCACCUCUAGACCUAACUUGGUUCUGGGUUCCAAUAUGGAACUCAGCCUCCUUAAGUAGUUGCUUUUAAACUUGUUUAUCAUCAUUAACUUGGCAUUCAGGACCCUUCAAUUUGCCCCCAAUUUACGAGUUCCAUCUGUACUACAUCAUGUGUCUAUCCUUACUGUAGUGCUUUCUAGUCCUAGAACAUUCUCACACUGACUUUUGUUCAUAUUCUUCCCUCUUUAUGAAAUGCUUUCUAUGCAGCCGUAACUACAGGGAUUCUACCUGUUCCUCGGUAUGUUUGCUUCUAUAUUCUUCUUCCUGAAACUUUCUACUUCUGCUCAUUUAGGUUAAAACAUCCUCGCCUUGUGCUCCCAUUUAUGUGUGGCUUUAGCAUAGCUCAUACCAGGAGCUACUGGGCAUCCCGAACCUGAGGAGAGUGAGAGCAUACCUAAUUCAUUUUUGUUCCCUUUACAAAUGACUUGGACGCAGUGGUUCUGAAAAGUGUUGCAUUAAAUAGGAACAUAGGGGAAGAACACUUUGGCUGGCAACAUAGACUUUCAGGUACUAAGAAAAUUGUGAAAUUGGUUUGUGAGGGUUUCAGCAGAAAAUAAAUAUUACCUGGUAUUGCAUAAGUUAUAUAUGUUUCUUGAUGUUUGCCCUAAUGUAUCGUUCCUAAGGUAGGAUACCACUGGUUGCAACGUAGUAUGUUGUAUUUUGCAGUGUGCUUUCAAAUCCUGCCUUUUAUCGAUUAAUGUCAUUUAGCGAAGUGGAACAGUGCCAGUGAAACUAAGGCAAAGGGGAAGCCUGAAUUCAUUUGAAAAAUAUAGGAAAAGGAGAACACAAGCAGCCUUGUACUUUACUGAUAUUAUAUGUGAGACACCAUGAACUCAUCAGAGAUGCAAGAUGAUAAAUGAUGUGUCCUUAACUGAGGAUAACAGCGUUAGGCUCUAAGGUCAUGAGUCAGAAAUGUGCCUUUUUAACGUCCAUGUUUUGAAUAUUCUCAGGCCCAAAGGUUGUGUUGUGAUGUUUGAGGACAAUGGCUUAUGUCUUGGCUUCAGGAUGAAAGUUACUUGUAAGUGGGUCCAAUGCUUGCAUGCUGAGGGGGCAAGGGUGAUUUAGACUCAGGAGAUGUAACAUGAAUAUUGAUGAGUAGGGUUAGGAGCUGAGCACAACCAUAGGUAAUGUUGCUUUAAGAUGCCCAGGUUUAUGGCAGCAAGAGGAUAUUGUAUUCCUCUUUGCUCAAAUAUUUUUAAUAUUCAUGUUUCCCUGAGUGAUAGCCAAUCAAGUGAUAACUGAAUAAUAGCUGCUGAGACGUUUUUCAUGUUGGAACAACAAUGCCUCUGAGAUUUCUUUGAAUGUUUGAUUUUUACUAAUCACUUUUAAUUUUGUCUUAAAAUCCUGGGAACAAUUUUGAAGUUUAAGAAUUUCUUUUUUUUAACUUAAAAAAUUAUUUUAUCUGAGAAUUGGGAAGUCCCUUUGAUUUAACAUUUAACUCUGUUAAGCGCCUAAAUAUUACUUUAAGCAGCUCUGGAAAAUUAAGCCCUGCUAUUAUUGUGCAUUCCCAAAUCUGUAUGGACAUGGGACCAUGAAGGAGAAAUCAAGGAGAUCUAUUUAAUGAAUUUCUUUGCUUCUAGGACAGUUCAUUACUUGUAGGACUUGCACUUAUCUAUCCCUUCUUUAAAAACAAAACAUUCCAAAGCUUCCUAGAAACCUUAGCUAACUGCAUUAUACCAACAUGCUUUUCUGAUGUCACCUUAAGUCUGUAAGCAACUUUACAAAUCCUUUGAAAGGGAUAGUUGGAUUUUUAAAAGUAGUAUCUGCUUUGAUUCUGCAAAUUAAGCGACAGUAGAAACAGUUUCACUGGAUUUUUAAAAGUAAUAUCUGCUUGGAUUUUGCAAAUUAAGCGACAGUAGAAACAGUUCCACUGUAGAGUACAUGCUAGUUAAUAAGUAGGGGUUUUUAAAAUCCUCUGUACUUUUCCACAACUGAAAGGGUGCAUACUUUUGGUUGAAAGUGAGUAGGCGAAAUUUAGACCUGCUGUUCUGGUAGCCUUAGUGGCCAUUUCAUAAUCCCUGAUACGAUUGUCCAGCUCCCCUGUUUGCUAAAUGCAGAAAUAGAGGAAGGAAAUGGAUGUUUUGGCUCCAUUAAAAUGUUCCUUAUCAGACUGUAUGUAGGAGUGGAUGCUGUUGAAGAUGCCUCUAUUGCCAGCUGCACAGCAUGUGUGCUGGGCUAGUUUCCUGGCUGCUAAAGCUGCAUGGUGCCCUUUAAUGAUGGGAAGGAGGACAUUAUUAAAUGUGUUGGGCUUCGUGUUUUCACUUGUGAACAUCAGGGAGCAGAGGGCAUGCAAACUUUGCCCAAAGGCUGGACACGGUUUGCAUAGAAAUGAGCUGCGUGUAGUAAUAACUGACUUGGUAGAUGUGCAGCUAAGCACUGAUUACUAAAUAAAAGUGAGCGCAACCACAGGCCAUAGGUGAGCUAGGUUGGCCGGGGAAAGGCUGCAUUUCAAGAGGUUCGUCUUCCAUUGGGGCCACCUUAAAAUGCUGAUCCUGGUUCAUAUUGGUUGAGCAGUCUGCUGUGUAUUGUCUUCACUUGAGAUGUACAGAUCAGCUCUCAAAAUGUCUUCUGUGUCUUCCGAGCGUCUUCUAAGACAAUUGCAUUAGCCUCCUGCUAGUUGACUAAUAGAAUUAAUAAUUGUAAAAAGCACUCUAAAGCCACAUGCCUUAUGAAGUCAAUGCUGGGUAUGAUUUUACAAAUAUGGUCCGGAAAAAGAACCCCCCUCUGAGAAACGUUGCGAGUGAAGGCGAGGGCCAGAUCCUGGAGCCUAUAGGUACAGAAAGCAAGGUAUCUGGAAAGAACAAAGAAUUUUCUGCAGAUCAGAUGUCAGAAAACACGGAUCAGAGUGAUGCUGCAGAACUAAAUCAUAAGGAGGAACAUAGCUUGCAUGUUCAAGAUCCAUCUUCUAGCAGUAAGAAGGACUUGAAAAGCGCAGUCCUGAGUGAGAAGGCUGGCUUCAAUUAUGAAAGCCCCAGUAAGGGAGGAAACCUUCCCUCCUUUCCGCAUGAUGAGGUGACAGACAGAAAUAUGUUGGCUUUCUCAUGUCCAGCUGCUGGGGGAGUCUGUGAGCCCUUGAAGUCUCCUCAAAGAGCAGAGGCAGAUGACCCUCAAGAUAUGGCCUGCACCCCCUCAGGGGACUCAAUGGAGACAAAGGAAGAUCAGAAGAUGUCACCAAAGGCUACGGAGGAAACAGGGCAAGCACAGAGUGGUCAAGCCAAUUGUCAAGGUUUGAGCCCAGUUUCAGUGGCCUCAAAAAACCCACAAGUGCCUUCAGAUGGGGGUGUAAGACUGAAUAAAUCCAAAACUGACUUACUGGUGAAUGACAACCCAGACCCGGCACCUCUGUCUCCAGAGCUUCAGGACUUUAAAUGCAAUAUCUGUGGAUAUGGUUACUAUGGCAAUGACCCCACAGAUCUGAUUAAGCACUUCCGAAAGUAUCACUUAGGACUGCAUAACCGCACCAGGCAGGAUGCUGAGCUGGACAGCAAAAUCUUGGCCCUUCAUAACAUGGUGCAGUUCAGCCAUUCCAAAGACUUCCAGAAGGUCAACCGUUCUGUGUUUUCUGGUGUGCUGCAGGACAUCAAUUCUUCAAGGCCUGUUUUACUAAAUGGGACCUAUGAUGUGCAGGUGACUUCAGGUGGAACAUUCAUUGGCAUUGGACGGAAAACACCAGAUUGCCAAGGAAACACCAAGUAUUUCCGCUGUAAAUUCUGCAAUUUCACUUAUAUGGGCAACUCGUCCACCGAAUUAGAACAACAUUUUCUUCAGACUCAUCCAAACAAAAUAAAAGCUUCUCUCCCCUCCUCUGAGGUUGCAAAACCUUCAGAGAAAAACUCUAACAAGUCCAUCCCGGCACUUCGAUCCAGUGAUUCUGGAGACUUGGGAAAAUGGCAGGACAAGAUAACAGUCAAAGCAGGAGAUGACACUCCUGUUGGGUACUCAGUGCCCAUCAAGCCCCUCGAUUCCUCGAGACAAAAUGGUACAGAGGCCACCAGUUACUACUGGUGUAAAUUUUGUAGUUUCAGCUGUGAGUCAUCUAGCUCACUUAAACUGCUAGAACAUUAUGGCAAGCAGCACGGAGCAGUGCAGUCAGGCGGCCUUAAUCCCGAGUUGAAUGAUAAGCUUUCCAGGGGCUCUGUCAUUAAUCAGAAUGAUCUAGCCAAAAGUUCAGAAGGAGAGACAAUGAGCAAGGCAGACAAGAGCUCGAGUGGGGCUAAAAAGAAGGACUUCUCCAGCAAGGGAGCCGAGGAUAAUAUGGUAACGAGCUAUAAUUGUCAGUUCUGUGACUUCCGAUAUUCCAAAAGCCAUGGCCCUGAUGUAAUUGUAGUGGGGCCUCUUCUCCGUCAUUAUCAACAGCUCCAUAACAUUCACAAGUGUACCAUUAAACACUGUCCAUUCUGUCCCAGAGGACUUUGCAGCCCAGAAAAGCACCUUGGAGAAAUUACUUAUCCGUUUGCUUGUAGAAAAAGUAAUUGUUCCCACUGUGCACUCUUGCUUCUGCACUUGUCUCCUGGGGCAGCCGGAAGCUCACGAGUCAAGCAUCAGUGCCAUCAGUGUUCAUUCACCACCCCUGACGUAGAUGUACUCCUCUUUCACUAUGAGGGUGUGCAUGAGUCCCAAGCAUCAGAUGUCAAACAAGAAGCGAAUCACCUGCAAGGAUCGGAUGGGCAGCAGGCUGUCAAGGAAAGCAAAGAACACUCAUGUACCAAAUGUGAUUUUAUUACCCAGGUGGAAGAAGAGAUUUCCCGACACUACAGGAGAGCACACAGCUGCUACAAAUGCCGUCAGUGCAGUUUUACAGCUGCCGAUACUCAGUCACUACUGGAGCACUUCAACACUGUUCACUGCCAGGAACAGGACAUCACUACAGCCAACGGCGAAGAGGACGGUCAUGCCAUAUCCACCAUCAAGGAGGAGCCCAAAAUUGACUUCAAGGUCUACAAUCUGCUCACUCCAGACUCUAAAAUGGGAGAGCCGGUUUCUGAGAGUGUGGUGAAGAGAGAGAAGCUGGAGGAGAAGGACGGGCUCAAAGAGAAAGUUUGGACGGAGAGUUCCAGUGAUGACCUUCGCAGCGUGACUUGGAGAGGGGCAGACAUCCUGCGGGGGAGUCCGUCAUACACCCAAGCAAGCCUGGGGCUGCUGACGCCUGUGUCCGGCACCCAAGAGCAGACAAAGACUCUAAGGGAUAGCCCCAAUGUGGAAGCUGCCCAUCUGGCGCGACCUAUUUAUGGCUUGGCUGUGGAAACCAAGGGAUUCCUGCAGGGGGUGCCAGCUGGCGGAGAGAAGUCUGGGGCCCUCCCCCAGCAGUAUCCUGCAUCGGGAGAAAACAAGCCCAAGGAUGAAUCCCAGUCCCUGUUACGGAGGCGUAGAGGCUCCGGUGUUUUUUGUGCCAAUUGCCUGACCACAAAGACCUCUCUCUGGCGAAAGAAUGCAAAUGGCGGAUAUGUAUGCAACGCGUGUGGCCUCUACCAGAAGCUUCACUCGACUCCCAGGCCUUUAAACAUCAUUAAACAAAACAACGGUGAGCAGAUUAUUAGGAGGAGAACAAGAAAGCGCCUUAACCCAGAGGCACUUCAGGCUGAGCAGCUCAACAAACAGCAGAGGGGCAGCAGUGAGGAGCAAGUCAAUGGAAGCCCGUUAGAGAGGAGGUCAGAAGAUCAUCUAACUGAAAGUCACCAGAGAGAAAUUCCGCUCCCCAGCCUAAGUAAAUACGAAGCCCAGGGUUCAUUGACUAAAAGCCAUUCUGCUCAGCAGCCAGUCCUGGUCAGCCAAACUCUGGAUAUUCACAAAAGGAUGCAACCUUUGCACAUUCAGAUAAAAAGUCCUCAGGAAAGUACUGGAGAUCCAGGAAAUAGUUCAUCCGUAUCUGAAGGGAAAGGAAGUUCUGAGAGAGGCAGUCCUAUAGAAAAGUACAUGAGACCUGCGAAACACCCAAAUUAUUCACCACCAGGCAGCCCUAUUGAAAAGUACCAGUACCCACUUUUUGGACUUCCCUUUGUACAUAAUGACUUCCAGAGUGAAGCUGAUUGGCUGCGGUUCUGGAGUAAAUAUAAGCUCUCCGUUCCUGGGAAUCCGCACUACUUGAGUCACGUGCCUGGCCUACCAAAUCCUUGCCAAAACUAUGUGCCUUAUCCCACCUUCAAUCUGCCUCCUCAUUUUUCAGCUGUUGGAUCAGACAAUGACAUUCCUCUAGAUUUGGCGAUCAAGCAUUCCAGACCUGGGCCAACUGCAAACGGUGCCUCCAAGGAGAAAACGAAGGCACCACCAAAUGUAAAAAAUGAAGGUCCCUUGAAUGUAGUAAAAACAGAGAAAGUUGAUAGAAGUACUCAAGAUGAACUUUCAACAAAAUGUGUGCACUGUGGCAUUGUCUUUCUGGAUGAAGUGAUGUAUGCUUUGCAUAUGAGUUGCCAUGGUGACAGUGGACCUUUCCAGUGCAGCAUAUGCCAGCAUCUUUGCACGGACAAAUAUGACUUCACAACACAUAUCCAGAGGGGCCUGCAUAGGAACAAUGCACAAGUGGAAAAAAAUGGAAAACCUAAAGAGUAAAACCUUAGCACUUAGCACAAUUAAAUAGAAAUAGGUUUUCUUGAUGGGAAUUCAAUAGCUUGUAAUGUCUUAUGAAGACCUAUUAAAAAAAUACUUCAUAGAGCCUGCCUUAUCCAACAUGAAAUUCCCUUCUUUUAUUAUUCUUUCUUUUGAUGAGUAGGUUACCAAGAUUAAAAAUUAAGAUAAAUGGUCAAUGAGAAAGAAUGGACGAUGGUAAACAAUCACUUUUUAAAACCUGUUAAGUCAAAACCAUCUUGGCUAAUAUGUACUGGGGAAAUAAUCCAUAAGAGGUAUCACCAGACUAGAAUUAAUGUAUUUAUAAAGAAAGAGACCAAAACUGUCUAGAAUUUGAAAGGGUUUCCAUAUUAUUAUACUAAAGCAGUAUUGGACUGGCCAUUGGACCAUUUGUUCCAAAACCCACAAAUUGUUGCCUAAAUUUGUAAGUAUCAUGAAACCUUAGGCAGAGGAGGAGAAAUUGAAGGUCCAGGGCAAUGAAAGAAAAAUGACGUCCUCUCAAUUUAGUCUUCUCUCAUUGGCCAUGUUUCAGAUUUUGACCUAGAAAUGCGAGCUGUGGUUAGGCUUGGUUAGAGUGCAGCAAGAAACAUGACAGAUGGUGGCACGCUGUUUUUAGCCAGCCCUGCCUGUACAUACACAUGCACACCCUCUCUGAUAUUUUUGUCCUUUAGAUGUUCAAAUACUCAGUAGUCCUUUUGUUUGCGGUUUAGAUUUCAUUUUGUCCACACAUGUACCCAUUUUAAAAAACAAUGUCCUCGAUGCUUCCGUAGUAAUUUCAUUUUAGCCAGGUAUUUCUUUCUUGUGUGUGAUGAGCCAGUAUGGAUUUGCUUUUCUAAGCCUCCUGUUGGUUACUAAUCUCACUUGGCACAUUAUAACUAAAGGAAUCCCCUCAAUUCAAAAGCAUAGAUGGAUACAAAUGUCAGACCAUGGGUUUAAUCUGUUUAGAACACAUGGCAUUUCUCCAUAAGGUAACCUGCUGUAUUUAUUUAUUUUCUUUUGGUUAAAUAUAAUUUCCAAACUUUGUGGUCAGGCAGCGUCUAAGGUUACGUUACCACAGACUGACAGUUGGUAUAUGUACUAGUCAAUCCCUUCAUUAAAUGUAUACAGAUUUAGUUAAGUAGCAUUAAAUAGGAUUCUUAGGAGUAUGUCCUCAUAGAACUUUUAAUACUUAAGGCUUUGUAAAAACUAUCCAUGAAGGGAAAGCUCCUCAGCAUAACUGCUCAGGGAAAUAGGGCUAAAUAACUGAACAUUAAAUAAUUGGUUAAAGGUGCUGUUAGUCGAGCCUCAAUGCUUGCUACAAGGAUGUAUGUACAAGGACUGACUUUAAUAAUUUGCAUUAUAUUGUCCCAGCCAGUAGUUUAUUUUUUGCCACGGAGAUGUAGAAGAUAUUACAAGCUACUGGAUGCACUGUCAGAUUAACUUAUUUCAUUAAAGAAGUUGGGAGAACAAAUAGGAAAAAAAAAAACUUAUUUUUCUAGUAAAUAUUAAUGUAUUACAUUUCAAAUAAUGGUGCCUGACAUAUUGAAUAAUUAUUUUCUACAGUGUACGUAUGCAACAAAGAUAUUCCAUCAUGCAUUAGAGUCAGUUCUGGCUCUGCCUAGCUGUUUACAUUUGCAAAUGUAGCAAACAAGGUAAUGAAGCAACUAUUUCUAUUGCAGUAGAUAUCCUUUUGUGUGUGUGUGUGUGCAUUAAAGUUGUAAACGGUAACAUGAAACAAAUGAAAGUUCUUGCUAUAAUGGUAUGGAAAACAAGAAGGAAAUGAAAAUAUUUUUAUGCCUACUUAGGAAAAAAAGGGUAGCACUAUUCAUUCCAAGUACUUUUUUUUUUUUAAUUUUUAAGCUCUUAACUCACAUUGUUAUGCUUAAGAUGAUAAACAUAUAUCCUCUUUUUAUUGCUUUGUCUAUGUUUCAUAUGAAACAUUUCAGAAAUUAUUUUGAUAAGUGUUGCUGGAAUCUGCAACGCUGAUGUUUUUAUUGCAUUCUGUAGUCGCAUUUGCACUCCAUUUUUACAUUAAUUCGCAGUUGCUUUGUAUCGUUUUGUUUUGUUUGGGUUUUGUUUCUUUUUCACAGUGCCGGGUCUUCGUUUCUUAAAGUUGGAUGGCAGGUAGAGUUCAACCAGUUCGUGACUGUUGUAGCGAAUGAAGUUAAAAAAAAAUGUCUUUCUGAUGUUGUGUUGUCAUUUUCAUUCUUGCAUUUUUUGUUUGCAUAUUAAAAAAAGAGAAAAGAGAAAGCAAGAGACAGAAAUCAGGACUAAGUCCUCUGCUUCAGUUUCAUUGUUAAUGGGCCUUAUUCUGAUCUCACCUGUCGCGUAGCUCUAAUAUUCACAUAAACUGAAAUAAAGAAGUGGAAUGAGGAGCUUUGACAUUCAAAUUAUGUGAUGUAAUUUAUCUUCCAUAGGAAUUUUGAUGGAUACAUCUCAAAAUAUAUAGCCAGACUUGAGAGGUGACAAUUAAAGAUCUAAAAAAGAGAGGAGAUUCCCCAAACAACAAUAUUUAAUUUUCUUAGUAAAAAGAAUAACAAAAUGCAUCAUGGCAAUCCUUCAGCAACAUUAUCUAUGUGGACUGCUUAAAUCAGCAAAACACCAGAAGUUUGGUUAACUUGGGCAAUAUGGCAAGUAUUACUUUUUGGGCAAAACUACUCAUUAAGCAAUUUCUCUAGUGUGUCGGACACAAAUAGGUUCUUUAUUUUUGGCAUGUAUGCCUUUUUAUUUUCAUUCAAUUUUUUUUUCUCAGACAGAUAGAGUACUACUACUCAGAUAGUAGUAAUGUCUAGCAUUGGAAAAUACAUAUCACUAUUCUUGGAAUAUUUAUGGUCAGUCUACUUUUUAGUAGAAUAUUUUUGGAUAGCAUUGACACGAUAGAUCUUAUUCCAUACUUCUUUAUUAUUGAUAAUUUUAUUUUCAUUUUUGCUUUCAUUAUUAUACAUAUUUUGGUGGAGAAGAAGUUGGGCUUUUUUAAAAGAGACAAAAAUUUAUUAUAACACUAAACACUCCUUAUUUUUUUGACUCAUUAAAGCCUUUAUUCCAUCUCAAGAUAUAUUAUAAAAUUUAUUUUUUUAAUUUAAGAUUUCUGAAUUAUUUUAUCUUAAAUUGUGAUUUUAAACAAACUAUUAUGGUACGGAACCUUUUUUUAAUGAGGAAUUUCAUGAUGAUUUAGGAAUUUUCUCUCUUGGAAAAGGUUUCCCCUGUGAUGAAAACGAUGUGCCAGCUAAAAUUGUAUGCCAUUUGAAAACUGAAAAUUUGUGUAUGUUCUAAAUUGAGCUUUGGAUCAAAUUUUAGACCAGGACCAGCUCAUGCAUUCUCACUCUUCCUAUUCUCACUCUUUCUCUCAUCACUCACCUCUGUAUUCAUUCUGUUGUUUGGGACAGAAAAGUCAUAAAGAGCCAACCCACCUCAGAAUGCUGUGGAUUGAGAGAGACACUACAUGACUCCAAGUAUAUGAGAAAAGGUCAGAGCUCUAAGUGAUAACUCUGUAGUUCAAAAGGAAAAGAGUAUGCCCAAUUCUCUCUACAUGACAUAUUGAGAUUUUUUUUUAAUCAACUUUUAAGAUAGUGAUGUUCUGUUCUAAACUGUUCUGUUUUAGUAAAGGUAGAUUUUUAGAAAACAAGCAUGGGGAUUCUUUUCUAAGGUAAUAUUAAUGAGAAGGGAAAAAAGUCUCUUUAACAGCUCUUUGUUGAAGCCUGUGGUAGCACAUUAUGUUUAUAAUUGCACAUGUGCACAUAAUCUAUUACGAUCCAAUGCAAAUACAGCUCCAAAAAUAUUAAAUGUAUAUAUAUUUUAAAAUGCCUGAGGAUUACAUUUUUCUUAAUAAACUGAAGAGUCUCAGUAUGGCUAUUAAAAUAAUUAUUAGCCUCCUGCUGUGUGGCUGCAAAACAUCACAAAGUGACCAGUCUUGAGACCUGUGAACUGCUGCCUGUUUAGUAAAUAAAAUUAAUGCAUUUCUAGAGGGGGAAUAUCUGCCAUCCAGUGGUGGAAAUGUGGAGUAAAGAAACUGGUGGUCUGCUUCUGUGCUGUAUGCCAGCCUUUUGCCUUAAGUUGAGAGGAGCGCAACUUUAGCUACUGUCUUUGGGUUGAGAGCCAUGGCAAAAAAAAGAAAAAAAAAAAAUCAAGGCAUCUUUGGUGAGCCAGUAAGGUGAAAGCUUGCUGACUGUUCAAGGCACAAGAGAAAAUUGAGGAAUUGAAAUGCAACCUGAGUAUCAAACUAAAUAUUCUAACCAAAGGUAGGUACUGUUAGGUGGAAUUCUAUCAUCAGGCAACUGCAAAUGAGAAGAAGAUAGAAGGACGCCCAUUGGGACUUUGGAAGGCAGUGUUAUUUUCCCAAAGAAAGACUUGGCCAAGAACAGAGGGAUGGCUUCUUUGCAGAGCACUCCUUUUGGUUUUUCAAUACUGUUUCAUAGACAGUGGACCCACAUGUUGUGGUGCAGUUGCUUAGAAAGCAUCCUAGUUAAUUGCAGUAAUUAGAACUUCUGCAAUAUGCUAGGGCAGAAGUAUGUCAAGUCAGGGAUGAAGAAAAUGUGAAAUUCAAGAGUAAUCCACAUGUGAGAAACUAGAUAAUGUACGAUCAUGUGUUCUCUUGAAAGGAAAGGGAGAGCUGUAAGCUUCACUCUGUCCUACACCAGAGAAAAGCAGGAAUAACUUUACCAUGGAAAUAAUGUUUAGCUUUUAUCAGAGAAAAUGGUCCUUCUAGACCAUAGAGUCCCAAAACUCAAUUCUGGUUUUCCCCUGGUGGUGGUUGGUUUUUUUUUUCAACAUAUGAACUGCAGCAUAUCACUUUUUCUUUUUGUGCCUCAGGUUCCUCAGCUGUAAAAUUGAAAAAUAUAUUAAUAAUAUUAUUAAUAGUAAUAAUGGUAAUGUAGUACUUGUUUGUAAAGCACUUUGAGAUCCUUGGUUGAAAGGCACCAUAGAAGUGCCAAGUAUUAUUAUGUGGCCAAGGGGGUUAUUUAAACUGUCAGUUCCCGAAGGCCAGGAAAGGUUGGGGUCAUUUUUCUUAAAGAUGAGCUGUAAAUAUCAACUAGGCAGCCAAUAGUGUUGACUAUGAAGACGCAAAACUGUUACUAGGCUGAUAAAACCAUAGUUUCUUAAUGGCUACCAAUAAGGCAAAUAUCACAAUAAUAAAUGCCAAAUUCCUUAGGGUGGACUAUUUGACAACCACAUGGAAAAUUUCGGGGGAGGCAUGUGGGGGGAACAUCUCAAAAUGCCAAUGUAAAAUUAACUUACAGCAAUAUUCACCAGCAGAAAAUGUCUUUCAUAUGGAAUGAUUUCAUGUUGCUAAGAAAAAGAAUUCAAUUUGUAGUCCUGAUUUGAAUAUUAGAAUGUUGGCUAUAAUAGUUCUGUUCUUACAACACAUGAAAUUUUUUCGUUUUAUUUUGUUUUGUUUUCAUAGUGCAUGUUCAUUUCUACUCACAAACAUGUUCUUGGUGUAUUUCUUAUGCAAACAAUCUUCAGGCAGCAAAGAUGUCUGUUACAUCUAAACUUGAAUAAUAAAGUUUUACCACCAGUUACA